AUGUCUUGCUGUGCUUCGCAGGCGCGGGAGUGGUGGAGCACCCAAGUUAGCGAAGAUGAGGAGUUUGACACCGGUUGUUUGUGCCUGGCCAACAUUGACAAUGAGCCAAGCGGCGCGAACAAGAUCAUCACUGGAAGCUACCAGGGAAUGCUCCGCAUGUACUAUCCGAAGCAGAAGGAGUACAAAAUCGAGGACCUCAUUCUCGAGAGCAACAUGGAGGCGCCGAUCCUUCAGAUUGAGGCAGGCAGAUUUGUCCAGGGCAGUCGAGAGAUCUGCAUGGCUUUGCUUCACCCACUGAAGUUGUCGGUGUACAUGGUGUCGGCAGUUUCGUCUGGCGGCUCGGUUAACUACUACUCCAUUGCUCUGGCCUAUGAGCACAAGCUUUCAAGGCCGGCCUUCAACAUGUGUUACGGAUGUUUCGGUGGUGUUAGAGAUCGCGAUUAUUUCUGUGUCCAGUCGUUGGAUGGCGUGCUGUCCUUUUUCGAGCAGGAGUCGUUUGCCUUCAGCCGGAUGUUGACAACGAAUUUUCUGGUGCCCGGCCCCAUAUGCUAUGUGCCAAAGAUCGACAGCUUUGUCAUAUGCACCGAUGCAAUGUGUAUAGAGGCCUAUCGGUAUCAGGUUCUGGCAGCUGCUGCAGACAACGUUGACCAAACAGCAGGAGACGGCGCCCCUGGCAAGAAGGUCCAGGUCGACUGGUCUACGAACAUUGGUGAGCAUGCUCGGAGUAUCGAGGUGGUGCGCUUUAGCCGAUCUCUCUCCGCGAAUCAGCAGGAGAUUCUGGUGGUGGGCGAGCAAACCAUCUACACUCUCAAGGAUAGUGGUGGCAUCCGACUCCAAAAGCGUCUGGCCGAGUAUGGAAUCACUGCCUCCCUCGCCUACAAGAUGCCGCCAGAGUCACCAGACGCCUCGGCGAAUCACAAUCUGAUCCUGGGAACAAGCACUGGUCACUGCUUGGUUCUGAAGGAGAUGCAGCUUGUAUGGUGCGCGCGACUGCAGGGAAUGGUCCCGGCGCAAAUUUGCGUCGACACUCUUGGCGGCGUGCGAGGCAUGGUGGUGCUGAUGGAUGGCAAAGGCAAGCUUCAGAUAUGCUAUUUGGGCACGGAUCCACCCACUGCGAGCUUGGUAAAUACGGAAAUGAAGGAGUUGAAUUACGACGAGAUGGAAGAGGAGCAUCAGGAGUUGUUGCGUGUCAUUCGGCAAACGCAUGGCGAUGGGGCCACAGAGCCUGAAGAGAGCCUAGUGGUGGACUCGCAGGUGCCUCAAGUCCUCGACCUGGGCAUGAACGAGGACGAUUGCGACGCUGAUGAUCCCGUGGGACGUUCAGACGGCAUGGUGAUGCAGCUUACAGUGAACUUGUGUGUCACUCUGGGCGGUGGCAAAGCCGUGGAGAACGUGUCGAUCACAUUGAAGGCGCCGCAAUGCUUCGCCCUGUCGCAGACAUCGAUCUUCAUAGACAAGGUCGAGCCUGGCCGGCCACCCGUGAUCAUUCCGAUCGUCUUUCGCGUGUGGAACAAGAUACUCUGCUCCAACUUGGAGGUAGCUGUUUGUGCAUCGUACUAUUCGUUGAACAAUGAGCCUCGUACCGUCGCAUCUUCCUUCCUGUUGCCAUUUGCCUUAGUGGCCAAGCCGAUUCCGCCCGUCAAAAAUGCAAAGCACAAGAUUCAGCUGGACUGCAACAAGCAGCCUCCACAGUUGCAAGUGCUGUUUGCCGGCCUGCUCAACCAGCCGCAUGUGUCGGCUGCAGUGAGCCAGGGCAUGUCCAACCUGCUCUCCAUACAGUAUGUCUCCGGAACGGAAGCAACAGUGCUGAUGUUGAAGAGCAGCGGGCGCUUCUGCGUACAAGCAGCAGAAUUCGCCGCUCUCUGGGUAUUGACGCAGGAGCUUUGCAACCGCCUCUAUGAGUAUUUUGGACCAGGUGGUGAAGGUGCUGCCGCAGACGACGAGGAGCCUUUCUUCAUCACUUUCCAAGACAGUUUGCCUUUGCAUGACUACUUUGCAUUGAUUGAUGAUCAUUUCGAUCUUCGACGACAUCUGGACGAACUGCGUAAAGACCUAGCAGAUCGAACGCAGCAGUACCGGGUCAUCCAGAAGAGAUUGCUGGUUCGCUUUAAGGAUCGGAAUCCAUCACCGUUGAAUCAUCUGGAUACACUGCUCAAUUUGACCUUCGAGCAGACACUGCUGCUUACAGAUGCCAUCGACGACGUGGAACAAGCUCUGAGAACGGUCUCUUGCCAUCUCUCGGCUGCGACUGAACUCGUGCUGUUGCUGAUCAAGUUUAGAUUCGGGAUGGACGAGGAGAAUUUCAUCGCCCUCAGAAGGCAUUUGACCCCAGAGGUUUGUGACACCACGGAGCAGGGCUGGGAGGAGAAGGUAGACACCUCCUUGCUCCAUCUUUUGCGAACAGCGCUGGCGAGAAGCGUGAAGGAAGGCAACAGCUUGCCUCCUCCUAUGAAGGUGCCUCAGGACACCCUAAAGCUGCGGAAGCGCAUCACCACGGUGGUCGACCGUCUGGCAACGGGUGCGCGAAUGACAGACGACGCCGUGGCAGGCGGGAACCUUCCGGCAGAAAGGGACCUCAUGGCUUUUGUGGGAAACUACCAGCGUACGCAGCUGCGGAGGGCCGGCAGUGCUGCGAAGCCCGGGGACGGCAGCAAAGGUUCCAAGGGCGGUGUUCUCGCGGAUCAGGUCAAGCGAGGUCAGCGGGAGUCGAAGCGCUUCAAAGAAAGAUGGUGGGACUACUGUGACAAGUACGGGAAAGGUUUCUAUGAUCCACACCGGCAUGAGCAGCGGUUCCUGCAGGACAGACUACGGAGCAGAGUCCCUCUGUCGCCUGAGUAUCGAUUCCACCUUUCAGUCUCUUGCGACCAGCGUUUUUGCUACCAGGGAUCUUUCGUGACGAUUGGCCGCGUAUGUGCACAGACAAUUGCGACCUCGACUGUCUGGGGAAGGGCAAGUGGGCAACGCACUUUGGCUGUUGCGCUGAAUCGUGGUCCUGAAUUGCGCCAGUACACGGGAGAAGCAUGUUGGGCGUGA